CGCAUUCGAAAAUUUUUUGAAAAAAGAAACGACGUCGCGCGGCUCCGCGGAAAAUUAUAAAUAAAACGUUAUUUUAGCGUUGUUGGCUGUUUGGCUUCGUGUGUUAGUGUUGGCCAAUGUGUAUGCGUGAGCUUGCAGUUCAGAAGGGCAGCCUCAACACAAGCUCAACUUUUUUUAAGCCACCUCUUCUGCGCGUGUGUGUGUGAUUUAGGGUAACAAUUCUGGCCAGCGUGAAAAAAUGCGAAAUUAGAUUGGCUCAAAGCGGAAGCGGAAUCUCUGUGCUCAAUAUUCAAAUUCAGGCUAGAAAGUGUCGCGUGCGAAAGUGUGCAAAUAAUACAACUAGCGAAAAAAGAAAAAUAUAAACUGAAGGAAACCUGUUCUAAGCCAAGUGCGGCAAACGUGUCGCAGGUGUGUGUGUGUGUGUGCGUGUGGGAGAGGGAAUAGAGAAAUAGAGAAGAGCAGAAUGCAAUAAAUAAUAACAAACAAAGCUCAAUGCCCAAUGCAUAAAUAUCUCCUGGAUGAAAACUGUUGGCCAAAACGAAAAGUGUAAAACGAAAACCCUUUCCAAUACGAGUUGUGGCUACAAAUCAACGAUCAUGACCACGAGUGCGUCACCAACACAACGGCAGCAACAAAAACAACAACAGAGGAAAGCAGCAACAACAAGAACAACAACGAGAAGUCGAGACCGCACGAAAAGCGCAGCUCAAAUUACGACGCCAACGUCGCAUUUGCUCAAGCGCGCCAUUUCAGUUUUUUCGUCGCCUCAAUGGAUACCGCUCUUCAUAUUAAUUUAUUUAGCAACAGAUGUCGCCUCCGUGGAGGUUCAGACCAAGGAGGCGUACUUCAACGGCUCCACUUACCUCCGCCUGACCACACCGAUGCCCAUUUGGGACCACUCGGCUAUUAGCUUCCGCUCUUGCCGUGGCGGCGAGAUCCUUGCCCAGCAAUACAACAAGAACUCUAUUGUAAUCUCAGUGCUUAAUGACUUUCUGCAAAUCUCCCUUGCUGGACCGGCAGUCCAUGGACCCAACAAUCGGUUGGAUGUCAAGCUGCCCUACCAGCUGUUGGACAACCGCUGGCACACGCUGCAGUUCAAGUACGAGUAUGGCAAUCUCUACCUGCACGUGGAUCGUGCGGCAAGCAUAUUUGCCAACUCCACAUACAACAGUCAGUUCUUAACGAACCAGGAUAUCGGCUACAAGGAUGCCAUCUUGAUACUCGGAAACUCCUUCUCCGGCUGCCUCCUGGAUGGUCCUGGUCUCCAGUUUGUAAACAACUCGACUGUGCAAAAUGUGGUCUUUGGAGCUUGCCCCCUGACUCCUGGUCCCUGCAGCGAUCAUGAUCUCUUCACCCGCCUGCCGGAUAACUACUGUCUGAACGAUCCCUGCAUGGGCCAUGGAACCUGCUCAUCCAGUUCCGAAGGUUACGAUUGCCGCUGCACCGCCCGUUACUCGGGCAAAAAUUGCCAAAAGGACCACGGUUCACCCUGCGCCAAAAAUCCUUGUCUGAACGGUGGAUCCUGUUUGGAGGAUUCUCGCGGCGAUUACCAGUGCUUCUGCGAUGCCAACCAUAGUGGCCAGCACUGCGAGACGGAGGUUAACAUCCACCCGCUCUGCCAGACGAAUCCCUGCCUGAACAACGGAGCCUGCGUGGUCAAGGGAGGAAGUGGGGCGAUUACCUGCGAGUGUCCCAAAGGAUAUACGGGAGCAAGGUGCGAAAUCGAUACAGACGAGUGUGCCUCGCAUCCGUGCCAAAACAAUGGAAGCUGCAUCGAUCGGAUUAAUGGAUUCAGCUGCGACUGCACCGGCACCGGCUACAUGGGAGCCUUCUGCCAGACUAACAUUGACGAGUGCGACAAGAAUCCGUGCCUGAAUGGCGGCCAAUGCUUCGAUACCUACGGCUCGUACACCUGCCAGUGUCUGGACGGCUGGGGCGGCGAGAUCUGUGAUCGACCCAUGACCUGUCAGACACAGCAGUGCCUCAACGGCGGCACCUGUGUGGAUAAGCCCAUAGGCUUCCAGUGCAUAUGUCCACCGGAAUACAGUGGAGAGCUCUGUCAGCUGGCACCGAGCUGUGCCCAGCCGUGCCCCAUCGACUCUGAGUGCGUCGGCGGCAAGUGCGUGUGUAAGCCAGGCUCAUCGGGCCCAAUUGGUCACUGUUUGCCAAUAACAACCACACCGACACCAGAGCCACAGCCAACAACGAGAACGACAAUAAUUGCUACCGAAAUACCUAUUCCAAUCUUAACAACAACUAAGAUUCCACCAACAAUCAGAACAACAAUUGCAACAACACCAACGACAACAACAACAAUUACAACAACAACUACCAAAAAAGCACAAGAACAUCCCAACCAGUCACCAACCCAACGCUCGGCCUCCCUGAAUGCAUGUCCCCAAGAAAACUGCUUAAACGGUGGCACCUGCCUGGGCCAUAGUAGCAAUUAUACCUGUAUCUGUGCCGCCGGAUACACAGGUUACAACUGUCAAACGAGCACCGGCGAUGGUGUGGCCGCUCUGGCCCUGACCCCCAUCAACUGCAAUGCCACCAAUGGGAAGUGCUUGAACGGUGGAACCUGCUCAAUGAAUGGAACCCACUGCUACUGUGCCGUGGGCUAUUCCGGCGAUCGUUGCGAGAAGGCCGAAAACUGCUCACCCUUGAACUGUCAGGAGCCGAUGGUCUGUGCCCAGAACCAGUGCCUCUGUCCGGAGAACAAGGUGUGCAACCAGUGCGCGACCCAACCCUGUCAAAAUGGCGGGGAGUGUGUAGAUCUUCCAAACGGGGACUAUGAAUGCAAGUGCACUAGAGGAUGGACCGGGCGCACCUGUGGAAACGACGUUGACGAGUGCACCCUUCAUCCCAAGAUCUGUGGCAACGGCAUCUGCAAGAACGAGAAGGGAUCGUACAAGUGCUACUGCACACCCGGAUUCACCGGCAUCCACUGCGACUCGGAUGUGGACGAAUGCCUUAGCUUUCCUUGCCUCAACGGAGCCACGUGCCACAAUAAGAUCAAUGCCUACGAAUGUGUCUGUCAGCCGGGCUAUCAAGGGGAGAACUGCGAGGUUGACAUUGACGAAUGCAUCAGCAAUCCCUGCUCAAACGGAUCCACCUGCAUCGACAUGAUUAACAACUUCACCUGCAAUUGCAUCCCUGGAAUGACGGGUCGCAUCUGUGACAUUGACAUCGAUGACUGCGUGGGAGAUCCCUGCUUAAACGGCGGGCAUUGCAUCGAUCAGCUAGGUGGCUUCCGUUGCGAUUGCAGUGACACUGGCUACAACGGCGAGAACUGUGAGCUGAACAUCGAUGAGUGCAUCUCGAAUCCCUGCCAGAAUGGGGCCAAGUGCAUUGACCAGGUCAAGGACUACUUCUGCGAAUGUCAUGUGGGGUAUAAGGGCAAGAACUGUGAUCAAGACAUUAACGAAUGCGAGAGCAAUCCUUGCCAGUACAACAGCAACUGCCUGGAGCGAUCCAACACGACAUUGUAUCAGUUGAGCCACAACACGGAUCUGCCCAAGGUGUUUAGCCAGAACUUCAGCUACGAAAAUGCCAGCGGCUACGAGUGUGUUUGUGUGCCGGGCAUCAUUGGCAAAAACUGUGAGAUCAAUAUAAACGAGUGCGAGAGCAAUCCUUGCAGCAAGCAUGGAACCUGCAAUGAUGGGAUUGGCGCCUAUACCUGUGAAUGCGAACCCGGAUUCGAGGGCACCCACUGCGAGAUCAACAUAGAUGAAUGCGAUCGCUAUAAUCCUUGCCAGAAUGGCACCUGCUAUGACGAGAUCAAUGACUAUUCCUGCGACUGCGAUGCCAACUUUGGGGGCAAAAAUUGUUCGGUGCCACUAGAGGGAUGCACAACGAAUCCCUGCUUAAAUAACGGCACCUGUCUGCCGUAUUUGGUCAACGAAAACGUGCACAAGUUCAAUUGUACCUGUGAAAAUGGUUUCCAGGGCAACACCUGCGAGAGGACAACCACUCUGUCUAUGGUGGCCAGCAGUUUGAUUUCGGUGAAGACCCAGCGCGAGGAGGGCUAUGACAUUAAUUUGCAGUUCAGAACCACUCUACCCAAUGGAGUUCUGGCCUUUGGCACCUCCGGCGAGAAGAAUGAACCGGUUAGCUACAUUUUGGAGCUGAUCAACGGCCGGCUGAAUCUGCACUCUUCCCUGCUGAACAAGUGGGAGGGCGUUUUCAUUGGCUCCAAGCUGAAUGACAGCAAUUGGCACAAGGUGUUUGUGGCCAUUAAUACAUCACAUUUAGUGCUUUCCGCCAACGAUGAACAGGCCAUCUAUCCGGUGGGUUCCUACGAAACGGCCAACAAUAGCCAGCCCUCGUUUCCACGCACCUAUCUAGGCGGCACUAUACCCAACUUGAAGUCCUACUUGAGACACCUUACACAUCAGCCAUCCGCUUUUGUCGGUUGCAUGCAGGACAUUGUGGUCAAUGGAAAAUGGAUUUUCCCCGACGAGCAGAGUGCCAACUUCACGUCCGAUGACAUCAAGUUGGAGAACGUCCAGAGUGGCUGUCAGCGCACGGAACAAUGCAAGCCGAAUCCCUGCCACUCGAAUGGCGAGUGCACGGAUCUGUGGCACACCUUUGCUUGCCACUGCCCCAGGCCCUUCUUCGGGCACACUUGUCAGCACAACAUGACUGCCGCCACUUUUGGCCACGAGAACACCACUCACUCGGCGGUGAUUGUGGAGACCACUGAUGUGGCAAGACGGGCCAUACGUUCUAUUUUGGAUAUCUCUAUGUUUAUACGAACCCGAGAGCCUACGGGACAGGUCUUCUACCUGGGCACCGAUCCACGCAAGGCGCCCACCAAGAACGUCGGCGACUCUUAUGUGGCGGCCAAACUGCAUGGCGGCGAGCUUCUGGUAAAGAUGCAGUUCAGCGGAACUCCCGAGGCCUACACAGUGGGCGGCCAGAAGCUGGACAAUGGUUAUAACCAUCUGAUCGAGGUGGUGCGCAAUCAGACGCUCGUGCAGGUCAAGCUCAAUGGCACCGAGUACUUCCGCAAGACGCUGUCGACGACGGGUCUGCUGGAUGCACAGGUGCUCUACUUGGGCGGGCCUGCACCCACCCGAGAGUCCCUACUGGGGGCCACCACAGAGCCGGGCCCAGGCUCGGGAGUGGCAGCUCCCACAGAAGACACCACAGUGUCCAAGGACGCGGACGACAGCAAAGACUACUUCAAGGGCAUCAUCCAAGACGUGAAGGUUAGCAAUGGCUCGCUCAACCUAAUCGUUGAGAUGUAUCCCCUGAACGUGACGGAUGACCAGGCAAAUGCCAAGCCCCUUGGCGCCGUCACCAUCGAUCGGGCAUCCGUGCUGCCGGGCGCCGUGUCCGAUGACCUUUGCCGCAAGAAUCCCUGCCGACACAACGCAGAGUGCCGGAACACAUGGAACGACUACAGCUGCAAGUGUCCCAAUGGGUACAAAGGCAAGGAUUGCCAGGAGAUUGAGUUUUGUCAGCUGGUCACGUGCCCUGGGCAGAGUGUCUGCCAGAAUCUGGACGACGGCUACGAGUGUCUGACAAACACCACGUUCACGGGACAGGAGCGCUCUCCUUUGGCGUUCUUCUACUUCCAGGAACAGCCAUCCGAGGAGAUAGUGGGUGAGACUGCUCCCAAACAGACCCUGAAACCGGUCAUUGACAUAGCGUACCGCACCCGGGCCGGAGGCACUUUGCUGUAUAUCGACAAUGUGGACAGUUUCUUUGAGAUUGGCGUAAACGGUGGCCGAGUUACCAUCACCUGGAAGCUAAGCCAGCUGCACUUUGGCGAGUCCACUCGCUUCGAGAAGGAGAAUACGGACGGCGAAUGGAGUCGCAUUUAUCUGAGGGCCCACAACGGAAAGCUGGAAGGCGGCUGGAAGGGCUGGGAAUCGAUGGUGGAUCCGGCUCCAGCCUUCUCGGUUGAUAUUGACCAAGCGGCCAUCCAGUACCUAAUUGCCAGCAGCACCCAGAUAUACUUGGGUGGCAUGCCAGAGUCGCGACAGGCCCGCGGGUCCACGCUGUCCGCCCAGCAGGGCUCUCAGUUUAAGGGUUGUGUGGGCGAGGCAAGGGUGGGCGAUCUUUUGCUGCCCUACUUCUCCAAUGCCGAGCUCUAUCCGCGCACCGAGAACGUGUCCGUGCAGCUUAAGGCUCAGUUCCGUCUAAAUGCCACACGGCCGGAGGAGGGCUGCAUUCUGUGCUUUCAGUCGGACUGCAAGAAUGCCGGCUUCUGUCGAGCUGCCUCGGAUGAGUAUGCUUGCACCUGCCAGCCUGGCUUCGAGGGCGAUGACUGUGGCACGGAUAUUGACGAGUGUCUGGACACGGAAUGCAAGAACAAUGGCACCUGCAUUAAUCUGGUGGCCGCAUUCCAGUGUCAGUGCCAGCCAGGCUUCGAGGGUCUCCACUGCGAGCAGAACACCGACGAGUGUGCAGACCAGCCGUGUCAUAACGGUGGCAAUUGCACGGAUCUGAUAGCCGCCUACGUGUGCGACUGUCCGGAGGAUUAUACGGGUCCGCAGUGCGAAGUGCUCAAGCAGAUGACCUGCGAGAACGAGCCGUGCCGAAACGGAUCCACCUGCGAGAAUGGCUUUAAUGCCUCCACGGGUAAUAACUUCACCUGCACCUGCGUAACGGGCUUCGAAGGACCGCUGUGUGACAUUCCCUUCUGCGAGCGAACGCCCUGCGAUAAUGGAGGUCUCUGCCUGACCACGGGACCGGCACCCAUGUGCAAGUGUAGCCUGGGUUACACAGGUCGCCUGUGCGAGCAGGACAUCAACGAGUGCGAGUCCAAUCCCUGCCAAAACGGCGGACAGUGCAAAGAUCUCGUCGGCAAGUUUGAAUGCCAUUGCCAGGGCACUGGAUUCGAGGGCGUACUCUGCGAGAACGACAUCGACGAGUGCAGUGUGGAGAACGAGUACUGCGGGGGGUUGGGGCGUUGCUUUAACAAGCGCGGCUCCUUCCAGUGCAUCUGCCAGAAACCGUAUUGCGGCGCCUACUGCAACUUCACGGAUCCCUGCAAUGCCACGGAUAAGUGCGCCAAUGGCGGACGCUGCGUAGAGGCCUGCGGCGACAAGCCGGACUACUACUGCGAAUGCCUGGAGGGAUUCACGGGCAAGAACUGCACGGCACCGAUCACCGCGAAGGAGGACGGCCCCUCAACAACGGACAUUGCCAUCAUUGUCAUACCUGUGGUGGUUGUUCUGCUGCUGAUUGCCGGCGCCCUUUUGGGGACCUUUCUGGUGAUGGCGCGGAACAAGCGAGCCACCCGAGGCACCUACAGUCCCAGCGCCCAGGAGUACUGCAACCCGAGGCUGGAAAUGGACAAUGUGCUGAAGCCGCCGCCGGAGGAACGACUUAUAUAGUUUGAGUUGAUAAUUAGCAAAGCAAACGAAAGAUAUUUUUAAAUCCGCCCAUAUACACCUUAGCUGUAAAAGUAAUGCAAUGUUUCGUCCUAAGUUCCACCCAAGUUACGGUUACGUCUCAAGGUGCUCAAAGCAAACAGCAGCAACCAGGCUUCAUCCGAUCGAUCCUCCUGUCUACGCUUUAGUUAGUUAAUAAUUUCGUUGUCUAUUUAUUCUUGUAGUUUAUAUACAACUGAUCAGAAAAUAUCGAUAUUUGACUAUAUAAAUCGGUAUUUUAUGUGUUAUAUCGGACCAAUAUAAUCGGUGAAAAAUUAGAUACCAAAUUUUUUUCCGAUAUUUUUCAAUCAUAUAGAUUUUUACAUUAAACGCGAUUUAACAAAAAAUUUUGAUAUUUUCGAUAUGAUAUAAAGGCGAUAUUUUUGUCGAUAUAUCAUAUCGGAUUUCUUUCGAUAUACAUUCCUGAAUAGUCGUUAUGUAGGUACGUUCCAAUAGUUUAGAUCAGUAUUCGAUUUCUCGUAUAUGUAAUCCUAAAGCUGCGAACAAAGUUGAGUUCUGACACCGAUUCCCGCCCGCCUCCCCCGUUACACAUUCCCAACGGGAAGCCCAUCAAAUGUAUUGUACGAGUAUUUUUGUAAAUAGAUUUGUACGACUCUUUAAAGUAUAUUAGCUGAGCUAAACCUGAAAAUCCUAUAUGCCUAUAUAUAUGAGAGUAUAUAUAUCAGUAAAUGUGGCCUUAUAAUAAAAACAAAAUAAACAACAAAGCAAUGUCAACUAUCAAGAACAUGAGAAACUAUUGGAUAAGUAAAUCAAGUGGAAGACAUAUUUUGCUCUAGAAUUUCUAAGCGUAAACAUAAGAGACUGUACUAUAUAAUAAAUAUUAAAUAUUUCGAA